AAGUAAAUAAUCUAGCCUUCAGGCUUGCAUAGCCAGACCUAUCUCCAAAAGACCUAUCUCCAAAACUCUACAAGAUAAAUUAACUCUGGUAGCUCUGUCCGUUACGUUCGCCAUUUUAACCAGUUUUCACAGAAUAAUAUUCUUGUUUUGCUUUUCACGUGCAGCUGCUGCCUAAAGUUAGCACGAGCGGAGUUACGGGGAUGGUUGUAACAGCAGAGCACACCAGCACGGGCCUUAUUUUUACAGCAUAACGGGGACUUUUUUUCGUAUAUUAUGUUGUUUGCAAACUCAUUUACUGUUCCCUUCUGAUAGCUUGAGAACUGUGUAAACGCCAAUGUGGAUAAAUAUGAAAGACAAAACGCAAUAUUUCAGUCCACUACAUAACUUGUUGUCACAUCAGUGGGUUGUUUUGUGGACAUGUGACGCAGUGACUGACGUACAACUGUCCCGCCUCAGAGGGCGCGGCUUGGUGACGUUUCAGGACACAGGGAGGACUCUCCGAAAAACAACUUUGAGAUCAAAACAAUCUCUGAAGAACAAGCAACACAGAAGGAUCCUUUGGGUAUAACGGCCACACCCGAGGAAAAACAUUUAUUUUAUUUAAUCAGAUAGCACCUGAGUCUGAAGAUGUUCGGAAAGCUUCUCUCUCAGCUGCUCUGGAACGCUGGGGAGGAUUUUGAGGCAACGGACUCUUAUGAGGAGCUGAUGGAGAGUGAGGAGGGAGGAUGGAUCAUCGUUAAUCUGCCAGAGAACGAGCCCCUGUCGGCCCUGUCGGCGGGCCCCCUGGAGAACCUGCUGAUCGAGCACCCCAGCAUGUCCGUGUACCAAAUGAGAUGCAUGAGCGGAGAGGAGGAGGUUGGCUCUGACGAAGAGGAAGAGGACACCUCCAGGCCGGUGGUGGUGAGGCGGCACAUCUCCUGGCGCCUGGCUGCCUGGGGGGUCCCUCUGCCCGGCCACCUCCAGCUGCUGGCUGUGCAGAGGGCCGGCGCCCAGGCUGAGAGGAAGAAGCUGAGCCGCGGAGGCCUCCACAGGCAGAACCUCGCCAAGAUGCGCUUCUCCCCCACAGAGAAGCGCUACGGACACUUCAAGCAGCCCUGCCAGCGCCUUUGCAACAACUAAACAGGAAAGGGGGGGGGGGGGGCUUCAAGGUGCCUCCACCACAGCCCAGUUGUGCAGCACAGUGCCUUGACUCUGACUUACUCAGGUUUU